CCGGGCCCUGCACGCGCCUUGCAGCGCUGCGCCUUGCAAUGGAGCUGGUGGCCGGCUGCUACGAGCAGGUCCUGUUCGGCUUCGCGCUGCGGCCCGAGCAGGCGGCCUGGACCCCCGUGGCUGACUUCACCCACCACGCCCACACCGCCUCCUUGUCCGCCGUGGCUGUGAGCGGCCGGUUUGUGGUCACCGGCAGCAAAGAUGAGACGAUUCACAUCUACGACAUGAAGAAGAAGCUGGACCACGGGGCGCUGGUGCAUCACAGCGGCACCAUAACAUGCCUGAAGUUCCACAGGAAUAGGCACCUGGUCAGCGGGGCGGAAGACGGACUCAUCUGUGUGUGGGAUGCCAAGAAGUGGGAAUGUCUCAAGUCACUUCGCGCACACAAGGGACAAGUCACCUACCUGUCCGUCCACCCCUCUGGCAAGCUGGCACUCUCGGUGGGAACAGACAAGACCUUGCGGACAUGGAACCUAGUGGAAGGCCGGUCGGCGUUCAUCAAGAACAUCAAACAGAAUGCUCACAUCGUGGAGUGGUCCCCAAGUGGAGAGAAGUACGUGGUUGUCGUGUUCAACAGAAUCGACGUUUACCAGCUCACCACCGCCUCUGUCAGCGGCACCAUCGAGGCGGGGAGACGCGUGUCUGCGGUUGCCUUCCUGGCGGAGUCUGUGCUCGCUGUGGCUGGUGAUGAGGAGACCGUGAAGGUCUUUGACUGCGACUCGAUGCUGUGUCUCUGUGAAUGGAAAGCUCACGAGAACAGGGUGAAGGACUUGUGCAGCUUGGAGGUCCGAGGGCAGCGGGUCGUGGUCACGGCGUCCAACGACGGCUUCAUCAAAGUGUGGCAGUUCGAACCGGACAUGCGAACACCGCCGUCCUUGCUGUGCCAAGUGAGCACCGGUGCUAGGCUGACGUGUGUCGGAGUGUGGCUGGACGGUACAGCAUCCUCUCCAGAGCACAAGGAGCAGCCUGCAGUCUGCCCUGAGGAGAAAGAGGAGGACGGCCAAGAGCAGCGGUCCAAGCCUUCACGGAAAAAACAGACCCGUGAGGUGUUGCAUGGAGACAGGCUGGUGGCAGCCAAGAGGACGGAGACGAUGGAGGAGGAAGAGAAAAGCUACAGGCUGGCAGCGAGAAAGGCAGAUCCGCUGGAUCCUGCCCAGAAGGAAUCAGAAGAACCCUUGGAGAAAAAGAGCCGAGGGCCACUGAACGGGGCCGGCCUAGGGGUGGCCCGGAAGAAAAGGGUGAAGAGGCUGCUGAAAAGGGACUGGAAAGUGCUGCCAGGAGGCCUGGGGAUGGCCAUAGGCAUGAAGAGGAAAGCAGUGGGGCUGCUGGAGAAAAAGAAGAGGAAGAAGAAGGGAUUGUGACCCAUGGGGACACGACAAGGACAAGCUUCCACUCAGAAAACAAACAUGCAACCACUUGGAGGUUUUCUGUUUUUAACGGUGGAAAUGUAGCCAUAGCACAGUGGGGAGGCC